GUGUACGUAGUUAAGUGAAUGUGAACAGUGGUGUGUGGAUAUGAAGCUGGCCGUUUUGGUUAUUCUACUUCUGGUUACUACAGAAAUUGCUGGAAAACAUCAUCACAGAUUAAAAGUGGAUGACAAUGAUUGGUGGCUGAACGCUAUCCAGCCGUACAGUCCAUCCUCUGCAGACGACGGACUCCUAGUUUCCCCCACCCCCGGGCCGGAACAUGUGGUCUUCCUGUCAGAGAACUGCACAAAGGUGACGGCUCAGACUGGCAGUACAUCAGUCCUACACUGCGAGGUCGGAGGAGUCACUGAGUCCAUGGUGUCGUGGAUUCGUCGCACGGACUAUCAGCUGUUGACAGUGGGGUUGGCAACAUACAGCAGUGAUGACCGUUUCUUUACAGCCCAUGUGCACAACGAACAGGACUGGGCUCUUCAUAUAAAGUUUGCUCAGAUGACAGAUGAAGGGUUGUACGAGUGUCAAGUAUCAACUCAUCCCCCUAUCAGCAUAUUUGUCACACUCAAGCUAGUGGAGUCUAAAGCUGAGAUCGUAGGAGGAAGCGAGAAGAUGGUUCAGACCGGAAGCAGUCUUAGACUUAUCUGUUUAUUACGACACUCCAUGGAACCUCCAUCGUACAUCUUCUGGUACCACGACUCUAGAAUGAUCAACUACGACACAGCACGAGGAGUAGAGGUGACUCAUGAAAGGUUUAGCAGUGAGCUGGUGCUGCCUCGGGCACGCAGUGAUGAUUCCGGGAACUACACAUGUGUCCCUAGCAAUGCUCAGGCUGCGAGCAUCAGCGUACAUGUCAUUAAAAGAGAAAAACCAGCAGCAAUGCAGCACGAAAGAACUUCGUCGAGUAAUCAAACUCGAGGCCUCAGCGAAGCAGUGAUACUCUGCAUUGCUUUGUUGUCCUCGAUCAGCUGACGAAAACAAUGAUGUCAUCAGUAAAACAGUGAAAUCACCUGUGAUCUUAACAAAAGCUUCGUUCAUAAUGUAAAUGUACUAAGACUGAAUCAAUCGUGUAUAUAUUUAGAUUUAUUUACAAAAUCAUGUUUCAUAUUUGUUCUUUGUUAAAUUAUUAUUAGUGCUAGCUACAAAAACAACUUAAUUGCAAACCAAAGUGCAUGUUAAAUAAUUAGAACUUCUAAUUUAAUUUUACGAUUUUUAAGACAAUGAGAUGUUUUGAUUAUAUUUGCUCAAAGAUAGAACCAUUGGGAUAAGUUAUUUUUGAAUCCUAUAUGUUUAGUUUUACUGCAAGAAAGUUAUACAGAAGAGCGCCAAAGUAGGAAGGCCUAUACCAAACUCGGAAACAAAAUCUAAGAAAGAAACCAGAAUAAUUAUAGGCUGAACACAAUCUGUUGGCUCGUUCAAGAUUAAAAUGUUACCUCUUGUAGAUUAAUACCUACUUAUAAAUCUGUAUGUACAGAUACAUAAUAAAAGCAUGAAUUGUAAAAUAGAAAAAAAAAACUAUCUGUGUGGUAUGGCUUGGAGAUUAAAAAAUAACACUACAAGUGAUCAAAAUAAAAUCAAGAAAAUAUGGAAUGUCUCUUUGCUGCAACAGUUGUAUUGUUUUAAAUGCCCUAUAUGUGUUCUUAACUACCAAGCCACUAAUACUUUGUAAAAGGGGUUGUGGAGAAUUUUUACAGAUACUUUCCUAUGAUGUUGUUCUAACAAGCAUUUAAAUUUCGAACCAAAGAUAAAACCUAAUUCAAUAGCAAUAUUUAAACAAUUUUUCCUACAGUCACCUGACAAAGUGGCCUUCCUUGAACUGAUUAUAGCACAGAAAGUUGCUAAUUACUGCAUCUUACUUUUGCCGCACACCAGUAUUGCAACCAGACAACACAAAACAGCGUGCUUUUAUCAGGCACGUAAUACGUACAGUUGGCAACACAUAAAGAUAUUACGACUACGAUCAGUUGGUGCAACGUUUCCCAUUUUGUUCAAUGUUUGGAUUUAACCUAACCUAAAAACGUGUUGUACAGACAGUGUUUGAAAGACUAAUUAUUUAUAUACUUUAUAGUAACUGUAGGAAAAAUAUAAUGUGAAACGUGAGUGCAAACUGUCUUUGCUGCACUCGAGAAACUUUCCACACUCGCCUAAGACUCGUGCGUAAACAUUUCUCUCGAGGUGCAGCAAAGUGCCACUUCGCCCACUAGUUAAGACAAAACUAAAACUAUUGAAAAGCCUUCAGUAACAUUUUGCAGCACAAUAGUUUUUGUCAACAUGAAAGAAUAGCAAAUUUCCAUAGGUUCUAUUAUGUUAGCCUAUCAUAUGCUCAGUAACAUUUCUGUGGAAAAAGGUUGUUGCAAAGUAUCUCAUUAUGUAUGUUAUUGUUUGUACGCUUCAUUGACUAUUAUGUAAAUAUGUAUAUAACUUUGUUCAAUGGUAUUGAUAUUCAUUAAU